GGUGCGCAGUUAAUGAUAUCAACUAAUACUGUCAUGUCUUGCCCAAGUAAGAGUGUAAACAGGUGUGUUGUUGUUGUGACAGGGGAGGGGUGUGUGGGAGCGUAGUGAGGGCUUGAGGCAGCAGGUGCGACAGGUGUGCCACGCCUUCAAUGUCUCUACCUCUGUCACCAACUUCCAGCUCAACAACAUCCUAGUGGACGAGGGGCGACGACUCCUGUACUGCAGCGUACCGAAGGUAGCCAGUACCAGCUGGAAGAGGCUAUGGCUGGCGAUGACGGGUGCUACUAACACCCUGGAGGAGACGAGGCUGCUAACCAGGGAUGAGAUCCAUACCCACCCGUACUUACGGACGCUGAACCACCCGAGUUUUGAAGACACGAGGUGGGUGAUGUUGGCCUCCUACAGGAAGAUGUUGUUCGUGAGACAUCCCCUGCAGCGGGUUGUCUCCACUUUCAAGGACAAGCUGGAGGGUUAUACGGGACGUGAGAGGUUGGAAUUCCCUAAAUAUAUCAAGCAGAAGAUAGAAGAAAGAUUUGGCACCAGAUUGGGAGAGUUGGUGAGCUUCGAGGACUUUGUACGAUUCGUUGCAGAUCAGGGUGAGGACGAGCCGGUGGAGAUGGACCCACACUGGCGUUCCCUACACCAGAUGUGUAAUCCCUGCACUAUCGAGUACGGCUUCAUCGGCAAGUUUGAGAAUCUGCGUGAGGACUCAAGUUACGCCAUACAGUGGAUGGGUGCAGGGAUGGACAACCUGCCCCGGGCAUUAUACUUCACCUCAUCCAGUCUCUACGCUCCUGGCUACCUGGCUCUACUCAACACCCACCUCAGACAAGCUUUCCUCCACAAGUACCUCCUCGACUACAUCAGCUUCGACUACCCCUUCUUCGUGUAAACAUCGAGAACUGCGUGGCUACAUAACCUACAUUCGAGAAAGAUUCAAAGAACAAGGCUAAACCACCGCUCUCAAAGGGUUACACCAAAGUCUUCAAAGGUAUAAAACCCUGUCGUAGUACGUAACUAUAUCACGGUGAAUUCGAAUGAUUGACUAAAACUAAACACCUUUACGUGCAGUAUACAAAAUGUAAAUUAGCCAAGUUAUAACACAAAAAGAUUUAAGGUUCAAAGAAGUUUAUAACGAAUCAAAUGCAUAAUAA